AUGUUGACAAAAUCGUUGCUGUGUUUGUUUUUGGGACUGCUCAUGAGUUGUGCAGUGAGCGAUGUAUCAGCGAGAAUAGUGCAGAGAAUAGUCGGCGGACAUCACGCUCAACCGGGAAGAUUCAAGCAUCAAGUGUCUCUCGAAAGCUGGGACUACUACUCUGGCACUACUGGCUGCGCUCUUCAUUUUUGCGGCGGCAGCAUACUCGACGAGAGACACAUUCUGACGGCCGCCCACUGCGUCGCUGACCAUUCCAGUUUCAACUUCGCCAGGAUCACCAUCGUGGCCGGUACGAGGGAUCUGCGCAACAAGAGCUCCGGCAUCUAUCGCGACGUGGAUCGCAUCUACCUGCCGCCCACUUACUUCUUGAACGCUCCCCAAGAGGAAAAUGACGAUAUAGCACUUUUGAGGUUGAGACGCCCGCUGCCUCUCGGCACCGAUGAAAGAAUACGAGCAGUCAAUUUACCCAAGUUCGAUCAGUACAAGCCGCCGGCUAAGCGCCUCGCCACCAUGAGUGGCUUUGGAAUUUAUUCUCAAGAUAAGCAAGGGGGCCAGGUAGUUUUUGGAAAAAUGAGUCCACGUUUGAAGUACAUCGUCGGAAGGAUCAACGAAUCGAAUGAUCCCCCCUGCACGGAGAAACAAGUCUGCGUCCAAACCGUAACAGAUCAGGGGCCGUGCAAGGGUGACAGUGGCGGUCCACUCACCGACGAAUCGACCAACACGCUGAUCGGUGUCGCCAGCACGAAGACUCGUGAAUUGUGCGGAACGGUGACCAAAUACACCAGAGUCUCGGAAUAUCUGGAUUUCAUCAACAAAGCCAUGGCAGGCAUGGAAUACAACGGGAAUCUUUUCAAAUACAUUGAAUAUAAAGAUUUUAAGCAAGAAGGAAUUAUCGAAAAAGUACCGUAUUGCCAUCAAGUCGCGGAAGAAGAAGAAUAA